UCCACAUUAAAAAUGCACAGGGCAGAGCAGGGCCAAGCAAAGGACGGGAAAUAGAUCCCAGCCCUGCCUCUAACUUCUAGUUCCAGUGCCGUGAAUAACUCUGGCCAUAUCCCUUCCUGAUCAAAACUGAGUUGCAGGUCGGCGCUGUCAUGGCGGGUGUGCUGAAGAAGACCACUGGCCUUGUGGGAUUGGCUGUGUGCAACACUCCACACGAGAGGCUAAGAAUAUUGUACACAAAGAUUCUUGAUGUUCUUGAGGAUAUCCCUAAAAAUGCAGCUUAUAGAAAAUAUACAGAACAGAUUACAAAUGAGAAGCUGGCUAUGGUUAAAACGGAACCAGAUGUUCAAAAAUUAGAAGACCAGCUUCAAGGUGGUCAGUUAGAAGAGGUGAUUCUUCAGGCUGAACAUGAACUAAGUCUAGCAAGAAAAAUGGUGCAGUGGAAAACAUGGGAGCCAUUAGUGGAAGAACCUCCUGCCGAUCAGUGGAAAUGGCCAAUAUAAUUAUUAAGUGAUUUUGGUGGGUUGAUGGGAAACUGAUGUAAUUAAAUAUUCUGUUCUAUUAA